GGCUCUGAACGCGCCUCGGAGCCAAGCUGCAGGACCGCGAGUGCGUAGCUCAGCCGCUCCUGCAGCUCCGUUACAUCAAAUGCAGAGCGGUUUGCUUAAAUUCCCUCCUUUGGACCAGGGAGAUUUGGGUAUGUUCCUCCCUAGCUAGACUGCUACCGGCGCUGAUGAAUGCAACUUUAAUUUUCAGCUGCAUUUCAAAUGUGUGAGCCUGUGAUACCUGUCCCCUUCUGCUGUCAAAUGGAUCUUUGAAAUGAAAGGGGGAGAGGAAGGGGGUCAGAUUUAAGCUGCAGCAGCAAAAUGAAGUGGAAAAGGCACAUCUGAGAAAACAGUCUGACAGUGAUUAGAUGCUGGCAGCAGGAUGCUUUUUGCUGUGUGUUUGUUGGGAUCAGUUGCCCCCUUACGCCAAGCACUUUGUGGGGGUGUCUGGAUGGAGACAGGCUGGUGGGAAUGCUUUCCUGAAAAGGAAGGGGAAGAAAUAGACCAUCAGGGCCCCAGUUCUUCAGGUGACCCUUUUCUGUACCAGUGUCACUUCCCUUGGUUACCGUGGCUGUGCCUGUUCGUCAGCCUAGGUGGGUUUCUCUGUGUGUUUGUACAGUGCCUAGCACAAUGGGAUCCUGAUCUCAGGGCCCUAGGAUGUUAUUGCAAACCAGAUUAUAAAUCCACUCUCACAUGCACACUCUCUUUCCAUCCUAGCAUUGUGAAUAGCUGGCAAUAAUGCUUGGGUAAAAUUCUGUUUUCUUUUACAGAUCUUCUUUUCUUAUUAAAAGAUGGCCUUUGUUCCAUGUUUUUAGUGUUGUUGUCCUAGGAAGGGCUUUUUAGUUCUGAACUUGGGAGAUUGCAGCGAGCUCCUUAUCUGUUUUACAAAAUAUUUGCAAUUUAAUUAAAAAAAUAGUAUUUUUAUGACAUUCUGAUUUUAACUCUGGUCCCUCUUGGGUAAGCAGAACUGUCACUGAACUUACACUUCCAUACACAGAGGAUCACAGGAUAUUAUUUAUUAGCUGUGUUGUAGAGAGUCCUUAUCUCAUAACGUAGAGGGCCAUUUAUAACGGGUUGCUUUUGGCAGCUCCGGAAGAUUUACUUGUUGUAUUGUGUACCUUGCAGGAAAUGUCUUUCCUCUUUGCAAGGGGAGAGCAUCACUCCAACCCAAAAGCUCUGUGGUGAGAGGGCUCAGUGCUGGAGGCAGUCCUGCUUUUCUGCCUCUGUAUCCUACCUGGGUCUGGUGAGCAGGGAAGGGCAAGCUGAAAAGGUUAAUCUUUAAGACUCGGAAGCUCUCCUUACUUGGAAAUAGAUAUAGAGUUGUUCCUGCUGGUGGGAAUACCUUCUCUGUAGGAGCCUUUGCUCCAUUCCUGGAAGGAUAAGGAGGUAGGAUAAUGGGGGACUCGGAGAGUAAAGCCAUGAGGAGGGACUUGGGGUGGUGGAAGCUUGCAGGGCAUCAAAACGAUCUGGAGACAUGGAACCGGGAAGGUGGGAGCUGCUGCACGGAGAUGAAGCAGGGAGCUAUGGGAUGAGAGGUUAAAUUGCUGAAGCAAUGCCUCUGUGCAAGGCAGAGAGCAGAUUUACACGCAUGCUGCCCUGUGACCUCCUUCCCUUGUCUCUGGACGUAGAUUGAGUUCAAAGCGUUGACAUACUGCAUAGGAUGAGCUGUGCAUGCUUGGGUCUGCCCAUGCCCAGUCCCUCCAAAGUCCAUGAGGGAAAGCUUGCACCCAUGCUGAGGGGCUGUACAGCUCCGGGGUCUCACCGGCCAGACCUUUGGGGCUCUGCACAGGUAUUCUUCAUCUGAGCGUUUGCUAGUGUGCAAAGUGGGUGGGUGCUGCACAAGGCUGGACUUGAACAGGCUCGUAUCCAGGGUCACGCAUCAGGGUAGCCUGACCUUCAGGUGCCUAGAAAGAACUACGGGUCAGAGAGACUUUAGGGGUUGGGACAGCAGUGUGGUGGGAGGUCGGAUGGUGCCUGGAAAAGUGGAGGGAUGCGGAAUGCCUCCUUGCUGGCCCUGGUGCUGUAAUUUUAUCCUCUGAAAUAUUCAUACAGGAAGGAGAAAGGAGAGAAAGCUUGUCCCAGCUUUAUUCCUACAAGACCUGCAUGUGCCAGAUGCCAGCAUUAGGGGAAAAGCACUUCGCUCCUUCAGAUUAAGAGGAUGAAGAUGAUCGGUGCCCUGCUAGUUACUCUAUGGCUAUGUAUGAUCACCCUCAGCAGCAGCUCCGAACGCUGUGAUGACUGGGGUGUGGACACCAUGAAACAGAUCCAGAUUUACGAUGGGGAACCUGCGAAGAUCAAAUGCCCACUCUUUGAGACCUUCCUGAAGUACAACUACAGUACAGCCCAUUCUGCUGGCUUAACCUUGAUCUGGUACAGGAUUGGGCAGGACCGGGAUCUGGAGGAGCCCAUUAACUUCCGUCUCCCAGACAAUCGCAUCAGUAAGGAGAAAGAUACCCUUUGGUUCUGGCCUGCCCUUCUCAAUGACACUGGGAAUUAUACAUGCAUGCUCAGAAAUACAACCUACUGCAGCAAAGUUGCAUUUCCCUUGGAAGUUGUUGCAAAAGACCAACACUCUUGUGUCAGCCAUUCAAUAAAACCCAUUGAGGAGAUGUUCUACCUGGAGCACGCUAACGAGAAGAUUAUAUGCCCAGAUAUUGAUGGGUUUUAUCCUGCUGGUGUAACACCAACUGUCAAAUGGUACAAGAACUGCAAGUUGGUGGAUGGCUUCUAUGAGCGAUACCCACAAGGGUCCAAGCUUGUUAUUGGCAUUGUUCGCAGCGUCUUUGAAGGGAAUUACACUUGUAUUGUGACAUUCAAGGACCAUGGAAGAACGUAUAAUCUCACUAGAACCAUAAAGAUGAAGGUGGUGGGGUCUCCCAACAAGGCCUUACCACCACAAUUCACCUCUCCGAACGAGAAAGUUGUCUACGAGCUGGACCCAGGAGAUGAGCUUGUUCUGUCCUGUGAGGUCUUCUUCACCUUCUUGAAGGAGUCCCGGACUGAGGUGUGGUGGACUAUAGAUGGGAAAAACACAGAUGACAUCAUGGACCCCAAGAUAAAAGUCACACAAAGUGAAAUUAUUGGAAAUUUUGAAGACAAAACUAUCACGAGGACCCUAAUGGUUGCAAAAGCCACACCAGAGGACUUGAAACGCAAUUACACUUGCUACGCCAGAAACUCCAGAGGGGAGAACCAUAGCCAGGCCAUAGUGCGCAUGAAAGUUGUGCCACCGAAGUACACCGUGGAGCUGGCCUGCGGACUGGGAGCAACCAUCCUGCUCAUUGUGGUGCUGAUAGUUGUCUAUCACGUUUAUUGGCUUGAAAUGGUUCUCUUCUAUCGGGCCCAUUUUGGAACAGAUGAAACCAUUCUAGAUGGGAAGGAGUAUGAUGUAUACGUAUCCUAUGCACGAAACGCAGAAGAGGAGGAAUUUGUGCUGCUGACGCUGCGGGGAGUCUUGGAGAAUGAGUUUGGGUACAAACUAUGUAUCUUCGACAGAGACAGCCUCCCUGGGGGAAUUGUCACAGAUGAAACCCUGAGCUUCAUACAGAAAAGCCGCCGUCUGCUUGUUGUCCUGAGCCCCAACUACGUCUUGCAGGGGACACAGGCCCUGCUGGAGCUCAAGGCUGGUCUAGAGAAUAUGGCCUCCAAGGGCAGCAUCAAAGUCAUUCUAGUGCAGUACAAAGCCAUCAAGAAGAGCAAGGUGAAGGAGCUGAAGCAGGCCAAGGCAGCCUUGACUGUCAUUAAAUGGAAAGGCGAGAAAUCCAAGUUUCCAAAGGGCAGAUUCUGGAAGCAGCUGCAGGUGGAAAUGCCGGUAAAAAAAAUUAGCAGGAGUUCAAGCCUUGAUGGGCAAGAGCCUUCAUGUUUCUCCCUGAGAAAUGUUUGACACUAUCAGGAAAAAAAAAAAAAAUCCACAAGUUAGGCUGGGGAGUGGGAAGGAACUCAGGGUUUCCCAUCAAGGACUCUGUCCCAAGCAUUUCAGAGGACAGUCGUGCCUCCCUGCAGCUUUCCUACUGCCCCGAGCAAAGAUGCACGCACACCUUCUUUCUGCAAAUGCUAACACUUUUAAUUAACCACAAAAGUCUCAGGCUCAAGGUCUGAAUUUGGGCUGUGUAGGUGGGGGUGCAGCCAGCACCCGGUGAUAGCAUGGAAUUUGUACAGGCCAGUACUCCUAGCACCAAUUUCUAUCAGACCGUCUUUAAAUUCCCAGGCAAGGCUCUUUUCCUCUCCUAAGCAGCCUUACUCCUUCCCAUUCGCUGGUCCCCACCAUGGAGGCCAGGGGACAGUUUGAACAGUGUCUCCAGUGUGGCGCUUGUCCCAUGUGUCCCUGCCUCCUAGUCCUACGGGAUCGCAGAUUUCUGCUUCCGUCGGGGAAACACACUACAACCGCUGUGCUCUCAAGGCUCCUCUUCAUCUCUCCCCACACUCCUGUAGGAGCAGAUGCAUUCAGGUAGUUUGCUAGUGUGAAAUGGCUGUUACAGAAGCAAAAUUUUUGUUUCUUUAAAGCUCUGCUAUUGUGCUAUUUGUAUUGUAUAAUUUCUACUAAUAAGUGGUCAGUCUCUGGGACUCUGCAGUCUUCUGAGUGACCCAGAUCCUUCAGGGCUGUAAUGCUCUUAAUCCAGGGGAAUGUCUUGUUAGCACAGGUCAUGGAGCAUGUGUGAGAGGUGCUUAUUUGUAGAGUAAACUCAGGGACUUCACAAGCACUGCAAGGAACCGCAAUUUACUACUGGACCCCCUUGCUCUGUCUGUGCUGCUGCCAGUGGGAAAGCGUCGUGGAAAGUGGUGCCAAGGACGCAGGCACAACACUAUAUAUCUUUCCAGGGGACCCUGCAAACUUAUCUGAACUCUUCUUGCUCUUAUUAAAAGCUAUUAGGUCUAUCCAUCUGGAUAGUACCCCUAGGAUGAUACUGCCUGGGUAUGGUGAGGAUCACUGUUUUCGUAAUUCAGGGCUCGAGUUUAAACCCACCUCAGUUUUAGAGAGCAAACCUCUGUCCCUCUUGUUCUCAGUCCAGAGUUGCAGAACAGAAGGUCUUUCUCAGCUUCCGCAGCCUUUCACAAAAGCCACAGAGUACCAGUCCUUGCUUAAAUGGGAGGCAGCAAGCGUAGGAAAGGGCCUGUGUGUUAAUGCACCUGCAGACAGGCCUUUCACAUGAAGGGGGAGUGUCCCUUCCCUUGUAGGACAGACCAAAGCACAGCAGGCCUUGGCUGGUACUGUUGUUCACAAUGUUUUCACAUAAUACUACAAGUUAUAGGGGGGUGCCUCCAUAUUCCCGUAGCUACCUGUGCAAGGGCCUUCUCAUGUAAUUGUGGAAUUCGAUGUUACACGCACUAAGUGCAUGUUUUAGUUUUUGUAGACAAUGAUUACUCUUGAGUCAGCUCUGACUCAUGCUUUCACUCUGCUGGUGUCCAGUGGCUGAGGUGUAGCCAUCCAUAAUGGCAUUAAAAAACCACUACAAGUUGGAAUAUAUGCACUAUUCGCUCAACUGGGCUGUGAGGUUUGCGGGCGUCCCAGCAAACAGCCCGGCUUUAAAGGUGUGGGGCUGAUCCCUGGUGUCAGCAAAGCCCCCUUGCUCUUCUGAUCUUAUAAUCUUAUGAUUACUAAUAGUAUUCCAGGGGAGCUGGGGACUCAGCCACCCGCACCACUGUGCAGGUACUGUAGAAAUGUGGAACAAAGAGCUUUCUUCUUUCUCACCUUCUUCUUCAUCCCCCCUUCCCCGAGAUAAGCUUUGUUUUAAGCAGGUGAAAAAUUGUAGUCAGCAUCAGUGAAGGCAGUGGAGCUUCUCAUCUGCUCAGAGGUGCUUAAAAGUUUUGCUCUUAUUGAGCCUUUCUGCUGUGGCUAUCUGCAGAAAGACAGAGCAGAUUCCUAAACUCCAUGAAGCUUCAUUUGUAUGAGAUAGCAUCCCAAAAUAUGUUAGGCUUUGUGAAGCCAUUGCAACUGCAUCAUUCUGCCCAACUACAUCUUUUUGUUCAUGUUUUCAGCAUCUCUGUGAGCAGCUGCCAGAUCUGCAGGCAGAGGGAAGGCCUUGAGGCCAAAGCAGAACUGUGUUAGAUUCCAAUUUGAUUUUUAAAAAAUUGUCUUGGAAAUAUGCAUAAAUUCAAUUAACAUCUCAGACCUCUCCACAUCACAUCUCACUUUGGUCUGAGGCACCAGUUUCUUCUCAUAUUUUACUAAGUCUAAUUAUUUAGGAACUUAAAGCCUCCUCAUUUACUUUGCUGAUUUUAUUCUAAAAGUUUUCCAAAUAAAUAAGGGGCCUGGUGUUUCUCUGGCAUACAGUGCAGUGGCCUGUGGUGCCAUUGCAAUCCCAGAACAAGUUUACCGAGAGACGCAAAGCAAGAGCUCAGUAGAGCACCCACAAGGCAAAAGGUGGGUGAGCUGGUCUAAAAGGGGCAUGAGAGGUCCAAAGGGAGCGGUGUGGAAGGAGUGGACUGGAGCUUGCCCACUGGCUUCAGUGAGAGCAGCCAGACCAGGGGCAAACCCAAAUGCCAGCUGCAAUGCAGCUCUGCAAAGCUCCUCAAAUAAACCUUCCAUUACUUCCUGUGCCACUUGUGGUUUCCAUUAUAGGAUCCUGUCACAGUGUCUGUCUAGUUCAGUUGAUUCAUUGGAGUCUCUGUGCAUUUAUCAAUAUGCAGCUCAUACAAAGUUCCUCGUUGUUAUUUCAUGGGGAAACAGCUCUGCACAAAUUGGAAAGGAUAUUUUCCCCCGUGCUGCUUGAUGUUUUACAGCUGUUCUGCAGUGUUCCCUUCUCUUUUCUGUAUGUUGCCUUUCUGUUAUUUGGUCUGUGAAGUGUCAGUGUUAUUUUAUUUUGCUUUUCAAUAAAACAUUUUCACUUUUGCAUUUCA